GAGGCUGCCCCCACGCGCGCGGCCGAGCCUGGCGCGCCCCCGUCGAAGCAUUACCUGGCGCCCCAGGAGCAAGCGGCCAUCCGCGAGCUGGUCGGUAACUCCGAGUGCUUCGACUGCGGCGCGGAGCGGCCGCAGUGGGCGAGCGUCAGCUACGGCACCGUGCUCUGCUACCGCUGCGCAGGCAGCCACCGCAGCUACGGGGUGCACCUGAGCUUCGUCCGGAGCCUGGAGCUGGACGCCUGGAGGGAGCCCGAAAUCCAGUCCAUGCUGCUGGGCGGGAACGGCAACUUCCGCGUCUUUGUGAACGACGACUCCCUCGACCUCGACGGCGCCUGCUGCGGCGGGGAUGCCACCGCAAGGCGGAGGUUGUACGAGGGCGUCGCCGCGCAGCGGUACCGCCACCAGCUUGCUCAGAGGUCGGGGCGGCCGAGCCCGCCGCCGCUGGCGCAGGCGCCCGCCGCGGGCGCGGAGCACGAGGUGGAGCUCCUGGGCCCGAAGGGCUGCGGCGCAGGCGGCGCGCGGUGCCAGCAGCAGCGGCACCAGCUCACGCCGACCCCCACGAGGGCGCCGCCCGCGCCCGCCGCCGCCGGGCGCAGUGGGCCGCAGCCGCCGCCGUGGGCCGCGGAUUGCGACGACUGCAUGCUGUGCAGGGCUGCCUUCACCGUGCUCUUCCGGAGACACCACUGCCGCCGCUGCGGCAAGUGCGUCUGCGGCAACUGCGCGCCCUGGAGUGAGGCCAGGCCCGUUCCGGAGUGGGGCUUGACGGACCCAGUGCGCCACUGCAAAGAGUGCGUAUGCUUGGCCAUGCUGGGGCAGCUGGAUAGCUAGCACUCCUUUGUAGGGUCUAGUGGCGGGAUGUGAAUGCACAGGACUUUUUAAUCCUACUGGGGACCGCGGCGCCCUCUGGCCUUGAGGCGUCCAGCGUCGUCCCCUGCGUUCUGCGAAGGCAGGCGCUACUCUCGCACCACCUGCUUGGUCAGGGCGGAAUGUGGCCGAGGGGCUGUUCAUCCUGCUCUCAUGGCCGACGUGUCGCCUUUGGCCGCCCAUAAGGUCUCCCUGGUGGCUGGCGCUUGCUCUGCGCAUUCAGCAUCCGGACACAGUUGUCUCAGCCGCUGGCGGGGAUCGAUGCAUUCGCCGCCCUCGUCCUAUUCACCCUCUCCCUCCUCCCCCUUCCUCUCCCCCCUCCUCCCCUCCCCCCCCCAGCAUUUUUGGCGCUUUCAUCCCCAGGCGAUAACUAGCGUUGCCAUCUGUGAGCUGCCCUUGGCCAAGCUGAGCCCCGUGACACCUCGCGCGCCCCGCCGUCCAGACCCCCUGGGAUUGGGU